UUCAUCGGCGAUGUUCGUAACGCAUGCGUGGCAUUCCUGUCAUUGCAGCUGAAACACGAAACCGCUUCCUGGUUAGGAGAUGGCGAAAGGUGCUGGCCAGCAAGCCGUGUCACGGUGCGAAAGCUCAGGCGCAGACAGGCUCCGGCGGGGGGAAAGAUAUUAGGAUGAAGAACACAAAAGAAAGCAGCUCCUCCAGGGUUAUUACUGUCGUCUUUGUCCUCCUCCUUCUGGACCUGCUGGGGUUCACCCUCAUCCUGCCUCUUCUGCCCUCCAUACUUGACCACUAUGGACGAACAGAGGACGGUGUGUAUCACUCGCUCCAGAGCCUAGUGAACUGGUUUAGAGAAGCUAUUGGUGCUCCUGUUGGAACUAAGUAUAACGGCGUGCUCUUUGGAGGCCUGAUUGGAUCGCUCUUCUCUUUGCUGCAAUUCCUGUCCUCACCCCUCACUGGUGCAGCAUCAGAUUACUAUGGGAGGAGACCACUGCUGAUGUUGACCACGGUGGGGCUGAUGGCUUCCUACGCCCUCUGGGGCUUCUCCCAGAGCUUUAGCCUCUUUCUGCUGUCCCGCGUGGUGGGAGGUGUCUGCAAGGGAAACGUCAGCCUCUGCACCGCUGUGGUCGCCGACCUCGCUUGCCCUAAGGCUCGAGGCAGAGGCAUGGCAAUGAUCGGCGUGGCCUUCUCCCUGGGCUUCACGCUGGGCCCCAUGAUCGGUGCCUUCUUCGCAUCGAGAGCCAGCCAAGAGGAGACCUUCUACUUGGUUCCAGCUUUGCUGGCUCUGGGCUUCUCCUCGGCGGACCUGCUCUUUAUCUUCACUAUGCUUCCAGAGACUCUUCAGAAGGAGAACAAGGCCUCUGUAUCCUCAGGCCUCCAGAAGUGUGCAGAUCUUCUCAACCCAGUGAACCUGUUCCACUUCUCUGCGGUCACUCGGAGGGUGGAUCCACCCACCAAAGAGAACAUGCAAACCCUCAGGGUGCUUGGCUGGGUCUACUUCACGUAUCUCUUCCUCUUCUCCGGGCUGGAGUACACACUGAGCUUCCUCACUCACCACCGCUUCCACUUCACUGGCAUGCAACAGGGAAAGAUGUUUUUCUUCAUUGGAAUCACCAUGGCAACAAUCCAAGGGGGUUACGCUCGCAGGAUUAAACCUGGGCACCAGAUCAAGACUGUCCAAAGGGCAGUCCUGUUACUGAUCCCAGCCUUCAUACUCAUCGGCCUGGCUUGGAACCUGUUUAUGCUGUAUGCAGGCUUGUUGCUGUAUUCAUUUGCUGCAGCUGUCGUCGUGCCUUGCCUGACGACUCUCGUCUCCGAGCACGGUUCGGUCAGUCAGAAGGGCACAGUGAUGGGGAUCUUACGCAGCCUUGGGGCCUUGGCACGGGCUUUCGGACCUGUGGUGGCAUCCUCAGUAUACUGGUUGGCUGGAGCCCAGACUUGCUACAUUGUUGCCUCUGUCUUCUUCUUCAUUCCCCUGGUCCUGAUGAAGAGACUGAGGGACUCAAAAAAGGAGUGACUGUCGGAUGCAGGUGGAGGACGAGCAGAACGUGAUCGUUAUCAAAGGUCUGGACAGUGGCACUGCUCUCUGCUCCAGAGACGGACACCAGACUGUGCUUUAUAUAGAUGAUUUAUAUGCCUUUUUUAGCUGAACUUCCUCUCCGGUUUCUUUGUGGAAACAUAAACUCUGAUGUUAACAUCAGUUUGCCGCGAUGGACCUUUCAGUCACUUUCAGUACCUUGAUUCCAGGCCACUAAAGCGGGGUUUGACCAUCGUGUAGAGGGAGCUGUACUAUAACAUUUUGUGUGUGAACGUUUUCAAAUGUUAUGGCGGCUUGCGGUAUUUACAGAUAUUUUUCUACUUUUAAAAUGUAGGUGAUACAAAUGGU